AUGAUCAUAUUAAAAUUAAAUUUGAUAGUGAAAUAUGGAUGGAUUUUUAUGUAGAUAGAACUUAAUAAUCAUAUUAAUAAUAGAGUCUAUUAAUUAAUUGAUGAAAGAAAGUAAAAAAAAUUAAAUUAAAAAAAAUAUAGAGAUUAUCUAAACUUAUUUAAUAAUUAUAUAUAUCAAGACUUUCCAAAUAAUUCGUAUUAAUAAGAAGUAAUUGCUAAUCUAAAUCUGAGCAAACUCAUUGAUAUUCACCUCUAAUAUGAUAAAUUAUUCAUAAAAAUAUAGUAUCUAAGAUAGGAUUCUUUGAAGAUCUAAAAUGAGGCUACUAUAAAUUAAAUAUAAAAGUGCAUAUUAUGGAUGUAUGUAGUUUACGAAUAUUAGAAACUUUGUUCAGGUUAGUUGUUGAAUAUCUUAAAAUUUAUAUAAGCGAUAAUAAAUGAAGAUUUAGAAGAAAUGAAAUCCUCUUUAUUUAAAAAAUGA